AUGAAUCUGGGUGAGGACAGAGAGAAGGGAGUCCCUCCCUCUAAAACCACUCUGUGUGGGGAACGUGACAGCCAGACCAAAGCUCAGAGGAUCCAACAUGAGACACCAGACUAUCCUGGACCUGGACCUGAACCCAGCUGUGUGUCCUUCAAGAGCGACCGUUCCAUGCACAGACCAAUUGACCUCAAAAAAGGACACCAGUCAAUCAGGAUCCAGCAUGAGACACCAGACCAUCCUGGACCUGAACCCAGCUGUGUGUCCUUCAAGAGUGACCGUUCCAUGCACAGACCAAUUGACUUCAAAGGAGGACACCAUUCUGCUGACAGAAGACCAGACCCCCCUGAACCUGGACCUGAACCCAGCUGUGUGUCAGUGAAAAGUGACCAGUCUGUGCAAAGAUAUAUUGUUUUCAAAGGUGGACACCAGUCCACUGACAAAAGGUAAAAACGUAAAAUGUUUCUGUCUGUUGAUAAUCAGUCUGCCCAGCAGUAUCAAACAAACCUGGACUCCAUAUUUAUGCUGCUGGAGGAGCACAUUAUGAAUUUUGUGAAGAAUGAGCUGAAGAAGAUCCAGAAAUUUCUGAGUUCAGAUUACCCAGAAUGCUUAGAGAAUCAGAGUGAGGAUGAGGAGGCAUUGGACGGUGUGUAUGCAGAGCAGAGGAGGAGCAGCAGAGAGGCGUUUCUGAAGAUCACACUGAACUCCCUGAGGAGGAUGAAGCAGGAGGAGCUGGCCGACUGUCUGCAGAACAGGACUGUUGCAGCAGUAUGCCGACGUAAACUGAAGUCUAACCUGCAGAAAAAGUUCCAGUGUGUGUUUGAGGGGAUUGCUAAAGCAGGAAACCCAACCCUUCUGAAUCAGAUCUACACAGAGCUCUACAUUACAGAGGGAGGGACUGCAGAGGUCAAUGAUGAACAUGAGGUCAGACAGAUUGAAACAGCCUCCAGGAAAUCGGACAGAGCAGAAACAACCAUCAGACAAGAAGACAUCUUUAAAGUCUCACCUGGAAGAGACAAACCAAUCAGAACAGUGAUGACAAAGGGAGUGGCUGGCAUUGGGAAAACAGUCUUAACACAGAAGUUCACUCUGGACUGGGCUGAAGACAAAGCCAACCAGGACAUACAGUUCACAUUUCCAUUCACUUUCAGAGAGCUGAAUGUGCUGAAAGAGAAAAAGUACAGUUUGGUGGAACUUGUUCAUCACUUCUUUACUGAAACCAAAGAAGCAGGAAUCUGCCGGUUUGAAGAGUUCCAGGUUGUGUUCAUCUUUGACGGUCUGGAUGAGUGUCGACUUCCUCUGGACUUCCACAACAAUGAGAUCCUGACCGAUGUUACAGAGUCCACUUCAAUGGAUGUGCUGCUGACAAACCUCAUCAGGGGGAAACUGCUUCCCUCUGCUCGCCUCUGGAUAACCACACGACCUGCAGCAGCCAAUCAGAUCCCUCCUGAGUGUGUUGACAUGGUGACAGAGGUCAGAGGGUUCACUGAUCCACAGAAGGAGGAGUACUUCAGGAAGAGAUUCAGAGAUGAGGAGCAGGCCAACAGAAUCAUCUCCCACAUCAAAACAUCACGAAGCCUCCACAUCAUGUGCCACAUCCCAGUCUUCUGCUGGAUCACUGCUACAGUUCUGGAGGACGUGAUAGGGACCAUAAAGGGAAGAGAGCUUCCCAAGACCCUGACUGAGAUGUACAUCCACUUCCUGGUGGUUCAGACCAAAGUGCAGUACAUCAAGUAUGAUGGAGGAGCUGAGACAGAUCCACACUGGAGUCCUGAGAACAGGAAGAUGAUUAAAUCUCUGGGAAAACUGGCUUUUAAGCAGCUGCAAAAAGGCAACCUGAUCUUCUAUGAAUCAGACCUGACAGAGUGUGGCAUCAAUAUCAGAGCAGCCUCAGUGUACUCAGGAGUGUUCACACAGAUCUUUAAGGAGGAGAGAGGACUGUACCAGGACAAGGUGUUCUGCUUCGUCCAUCUGAGUGUUCAGGAGUUUCUGGCUGCUCUUCACGUCCAUCGAAAGUUCAUCAACUCUGGAGUCAACCUGAUGGCAGAGGAACAAACAGGCACUUCCCGGCUCCCCAAAGUCUUCAGAGACAAACCUACACUAACACAGCUCUACCAGAUUGCUGUGGACAAGGCCUUACAGAGUCCAAAUGGACACCUGGACUUGUUCCUCCGCUUCCUCCUGGGUCUAUCACUGCAGACCAAUCAGAAACAUCUACAAGGUCUACUGACACAGACAGAUAGUAGUUCCCAGACAGACCCCAAAACAGUAAAGUACAUCAAGAAAAAGAUCAGUGAAAAUCUGUCUGCAGAGGGAAGCAUCAAUCUGUUCCACUGUCUGAAUGAACUGAAUGAUCGUUCUCUGGUGAAGGAGAUCCAACAGUACCUGAGUUCAGGACGUCUCUCAACAGAUAAAUUGUCUCCAUCUCAGUGGUCAGCUCUGGUCUUCAUCUUACUGUCAUCAGUAGAGGAUCUGGACAUGUUUGACCUGAAGAAAUACUCUGCUUCAAAUGAGGCUCUUCUGAGGCUGCUGCCAGUGGUCAAAGCCUCCAACAAAGCUCUGCUAACAAACUGUAACCUGUCAGAGAGAAGCUGUGAAGCUCUGUCCUCAGUUCUAAGCUCCCAGUCCUCUAGUCUGAGAGACCUGGACCUGAGUAACAAUGACCUGCAGGAUUCAGGAGUGAAGCUGCUCUCCAUUGGACUACAGAGUCCACACUGCGAACUGGAAACUCUCAGACUGUCAGGAUGUCUGGUCACAGUGGAAGGCUGUGUUGCUCUGGUCUCAGCUCUGAGCUCCAACCCCUCCCAUCUGAGAGAGCUGGACCUGAGCUACAAUCAUCCAGGAGACACAGGAAUCAAGCUGCUCUCUGCUGGAUUAAAGAAUCCAAACUGGAGACUGGACAGUCUCAGGAUGGACCAUGGUGGAGAACAGAGACUGACACCUGGUUUGAGAAAGUAUUUCUGUGAACUCACACUGGACACAGACACAGUUGACAGAAACCUCAAACUGUCCGACAACAACAGGAAGGUGACGCUGGUGAAAGCGGGGCAGCGGUAUCCUGAUCAUCCAGACAGAUUUAAACAAACUCAGCUGCUGUGCAGAAAUGCUCUGACUGGUCGCUGUUACUGGGAGGUGGAGUGGAAAGGGAAAGUUUAUGUUGCAGUAACUUACAGAGAAACUGGAGGGAGUGCAGACAGUCGUGAAAGCUCAGUUAGAGGAAAUAGUCAGUCCUGGAGUCUGAAAUGCGCCAAGGAUUGUUACUCUGUUUGGCACCAUAAGAGAAAUUCAUUUAUGCCUUCCCCCUCUUUUUUUUGCUCCUCCUCCUCCUCCUCUGGUAGAGUAGCAGUGUAUGUGGACUGUCCUGCCGGCACUCUGUCCUUCUACAGAGUCUCCUCUGGCUCACGGAUCCACCUCCACACCUUCAACACUACCUUCACUGAACCUCUUUAUACUGGGUUCAGGUUUGGAUUUAAGUCUGAGGCGUUGCUUGGUUCCUCAGUGACUCUAUGUUCACUGUAGGAAGAAGAAUCUGUCAUGGAAACAGACGCUACUGACUGAGGACAGCUGCUGAA